GAAGCUACUCAGCCAACUCUCAGAUUCUCGAACGUUCCUUCGCAUCUCAUUCGCAAAUCCUUCUCCUAAGCUGAAACAAGAGAAUGGUGAAUUGUCCAUUGUGCGGUCAACAGUCAGAGAUUCAUCCACAACAUGGGAGCGUCUAUUAUGCACAUUGUGUAGUCUGUGACGAGACCUACUGUGCUAUGUGCGGUGCAUUUCCAGAUCAUUUUCCUGCUUGUUGUGCUGACAACACUGAGUGGACUCAACAUUAUAUCAACCAGACUAACGAAGUCAAUGAGGUCUUGAAUGCUAUCACAGAUUUGAAUCAACGAAGAUUAGAUAUGCUUGAUUACAGGGAGAUCAUUGGCAAUUUCCUAUAUGAUCAUCACCCACAUAUUUUAUUUGCUGUUGAUGAGAUGAGAAGGAUCUUGCGCAUUUUGGCCAUGACUCGUGUCAUCGCUUUUAUCAAUCCGGGUCUAGCACUUCUAAACAGUGUGGAGUACACAAAUCUGGUGGAUCACUUUAACGCAUUACAUGCCCAUGUUGAUCUCAACAUUGCUAAUAAUGGAGCUUUUAACUUGGCUGGUACGAGGUGGCUUGCAGCUGCUUCUGUUAUCCAACUCAUAGGUCAGUUGCAGUUAAGAUCCGUGGCUGAACUUCAUCAUGCAGUACACGUUCCUCAACUUCCUGGAGGGAUUGUUAAUUUCAGCCAAAACCUGACCAGACUUGUGAAGAUGUGGACUCUCUUAGCUCUUAGACGUAUGUAACAGGAAGUCUUGUUACUAAUUCACGUGGUUAAGUAUUUUUGGUUUAGUAAUUUCAAUUUCACUUAUGUAAACCGGUUUACUUGUUUGAACCGUGAGUAAUUAUUGCGAUCUCCGUCCAUAUCUCCUCUUUGAGAUCUCUGAGAUGUAAGAUUUUUAAACUCUAUACCAUUGAAAAUUAAUGUUAUGUUUAUGA